AUGGCCAUGACGAUCACAUCAACAUACAGCACGCCUAUGACCAAUUUCUCAGGCCAUUAUCGCAAGCGCGCAUCUUUUUCAGCAGACCUGUCCCAGUCUACUGCUUGGCUGGAGCACCUUCACCUCAAUAUACACAGUAGCACCAGUACCAACAGCAACGGCAAGUUAUCGAAAGUACAUUACCAAGUGCAAGUCACCUACACACCGCCAUGCUGCCAGGACCCUGAGCUCGUCUGGACUGUCAGUAGACCGUUUGACGCCUACCGUCGCUUCCGUAAACAGCUGCUUCAGAACCUGCAGCGUGGUCAUGCGUGCCCUGCUGAGUGCAAAUGGCUCUACACGGUGAUCAAGAACCACUUCCCCAAGCCCAAUUUGCUGCCCAUCUACUCGUCUCGUGUAGUGGAGGCGAGACGACAAUCUCUCACUCGACUACUACGGACGCUCCAGGCAUCACUGGUCAAUAGAGGCAACCAACGUUGCAACGUGCUGGUGCACAGCGUCUCUCGCGCUUUUGCUACGUUUAUAGUAGGCGACAACCCCCAGCUGCCCGAGCUGAUGAUGACACUGUCCGAAUGCAGCUCAGACCAGAGCACCCGCACCUCAGUCACGUCUUUCAUGUCAGGAUGUAGUGACGAGGAGGACUAUUCCAAGGAUGUCUCGCCCAGCCGACUCUUUCAGAUGCAGAAGCAGCAGGAAAUACUGCAAGUCUGA